CAGAAGAAGCCCUAUUCUGCAGUUACCGUGACCAUUGAGCGACUGACCAGCGAGGCGAUACCCGUCGACGACCUCAGCGGCAUCCCCGACCUCGUCGAGGUGGUCAAUCUCCAGGACACGGGCCCCACUGAGGCCGCCCGCGCCAUCAGGAAGAAACUCAAAUACGGCAACCUGCACCGCCAGCUCCGCGCCUUGACGCUUCUCGAUGGCCUCAUACAGAACGCUGGACAUCGCUUCCAGAGGACGUUUGCAGACGAAGCGCUGCUGGAGCGUCUGCGGUUCUGCGGUACGGCGUCCCUCUCAGACCCGGAAGUGAGAAAGAAGUGCUCCGAGCUCUUUGCCGGCUGGGCGGCCGAGUACAAGAACACACCUGGCAUGACACAGGUCGCCAGCCUGUACAGGGAGCUCCCUCGGCGCAAGCAAGUUGUCACCCAGGAGAGGUCCAAGGUCAUCAAGGAGACAGAGAACCCGUUUGUAGAGGACGAGGAGGACGAUGAAGACGAUAAGCCGAGCGGCGCAGGCCCGUCCGGGACACACUCGCGGAACUCAUCUCUGUCAAGUUCGCAGCCGGCCAAGCGCUCCUCGGUAGUGGGAGGGUUCCCGGCCACGUACGACUCAUCCAAGAAGAAGAAGGACAAGAAGGACAAGAAGACCAAGAAAGCCAAGCCGUUUAAGCUCGAGGCUGAAAAGGAGCAGAUGACGCGCCACAUCGCCGAGGCCUCGAUCGCGGCCACCAACCUGACCAACACGCUGCAGACCAUCAACCGAGAGAAGGAGCGCAUCUCGGACAACCAGCUGGCCGUGCAGCGGUUCGAGGCGUGCAAGCAGCUCCGCCGCAAGAUCCUGCGCUACAUCCACCUCGUCGAGUCGGAGCAGUACCUCGGCAGCCUGCUGCACGCCAACGACGAGCUGGUCACAGCGCUCAUGACGUUCGAGCAGCUCGACCGCUCCAUUGACGCCGACAGCGACUCGGACGACGAGCUCGCCGAGCAGGCGCACCUGUAUCGCAUGGCGACCGAGAAAGCCAAAGGCAAAGAACCGAGUUCGCCGACUAGUCCCGUCCAGGGAAUGGCCUCCCUCAGCGUCGCCCCCUCGUUUCCGUCGCGUCCCGCACCCCCGCCUCGUCCGUCGGCGGCGACCAAGCCGUCGAUGCUACCGCCGAGACCGGUCCCACGGACACCGGAUUCCGACGAGGAAGGCGAGGAGGAGGACGAAGACGAGGAUAACCCGUUUGCAGACCGCAAUGCUGUCGGUGUGUCGUCUAAAGGGGAGUAG